ACAGCGAGCGGGAGGAGGGAGGAGGGAGAGCGCCGCUGCCCUUCGUUCUGGGGCUGGUCGGGGUCCUCUGUGCGGUCCGCGGCGGCCGGGGGAGGACGCACGCCCCGCGGGCUGGAGCCAGGCGGGGAGCCUGGGCCCGGGACGGGGGGCAGCGCGGGGUGACCCUGUGGAGAGGAAGGGCGGCCGCAGCGCGGCUGGGGACCCGCGGCCCCCGAGCUGGAAGGGGCGGCUGCCGGAGCCUGACGCGGCCCCCGUGGCCGGGGUCCAGGGAGCAGCGGUGACCUUGCCCAGAGCCCGGCGGCCUGUGGGGCUGGCGAUGGACCGUCGGGAGCCCUGGUCUCAUGGCCCCGCGGGGAAGGCGCCCCGGCAGGCCUCGCCCCUCCGGAGCCCAAGCAGGGCCUGGGGCCGGCCCAGCACCCAGAGUGGAGGGCAGCAGGCGCGGACUCAGGACUGGGUGUGCGAGCCCCCCGAGAGCAGGCCCGCGAGCCGCCGCUGGAGCGUCAGCAUCGAGGAGCGCCGGCAGCUGGCCACGCAGGACGGCAGGGAGGAGCCGGGCACCGGCGGGCCUGACCCCCACUACAGGGACAUUGCGCAGCUCGUUGCCCAGCUGGUGUCCGAGGACGUGGACAAGGACGUGCUCCUGCCCCACCCACUGAGGUCCUCUGAGUCCGCCCACGCCUUCCAUGCCUUCCUGGCCCGGAGCUCGCCUUUCUGGCAGACCGCGACUUCGAAGGCGCAGGUCUUGAGGUCACUGCCCUCCUAAGAGACGACUCAGCCCAGUGUCUGUGUUCCAGCGCCUUUCCUGGGGGCCAGGGGUAGGCGGCGGCGGCCUCUUCACCUCCCGCGGGAGCUCGUGAGCCCAGGGAUGAGAGAACCCAGGCCCAGGAGGACCCCGUGACUGCCCCUUCCUUAGAACACGCAGCCCUGAGGCCUUGGAGGCCACCUUCGGGGGGGUGCCCUGCCCCAGCCCAGCCUCCAGGAGGCUCCCUGAAGGGGUCUGGGGGACAGGGCGGGGGUGGCGGGUGAUUCCGGAAGAGCCCUCUGCUGCCUAGAGAGGCCUGGCCUGCUCCCUCCUGGAGUCAAGCAGCUGUGAAUGGCCUACAAGGGGGAGGAGGGCGUGAUGGCUCACGGGCCCCUACAGAGCCCAGUUCAUGAGCAACUCCCUUGCUGGCCCUCCAGGAGGGUGGGGAGUUUGAGGCCAUCAGCUGCUGGGCACGAAUGCUCACCCAGCUGGGGGACACCAGGUCUCAUGCUGGGCCCUGCCUGCGGUAGGUCCAAAGGGGCCCGCGUAACUCGGGGAGCAGAAGCCAGGGGGUGCUGAGCACAGGGAGGCUUCCUGAAGGAGGGGUGCCUCCCCACCUCCGCACAGUGGUUGGCGGGCAGAGGGCAUGGGAAGCUGUGAAGAGCGGGCCCUGGGCCCAUCCCAGCAUCUGCUUUUGGGGGUUGAGGGGUGGGCGGAGGGUUCUGAGCCCCGGGUGAUGUGGGGGAGUACACUGGCGGAGCUGGAGCUGGAGGGGGACUGGAAGCGGGAGGAGGGAAGGCGGGAGUGAUGGCAGGCUCCCAGCCCUCCAGGGCCAUGGAAGGACAGCAGCAGGGGGUGGGAGCCGUCCCUGGGACUUGGCCACUGACUCUCAGAGGCUGACGGGCUUCUGUGUGGGGACAGCUGGGUGGCGGGGACUUCAGGCUAGAUGAGGUGAGGAACCCCAGGUCUGGGGUGCGGGCAGGAACUAGGCCUGCAGACACUGGCCUCCCUGGGUCCCGGAACCUGUGGCCUGUGUCCUGAGGGGCAGGCUGAGGUUGAGGCCUGGGGGACAAUAUGACCCCCUUCUCCCCUCUUUGGGGAUCUCUGAUGAUGAACUACGGGGUGGGCGUCAUGGGCCAGGCUCCAAGCUGGGCAGGAAGGAACCCCCCCGCCCCCACCCAGCAGUGCUCCCGGUGCAGAACGGGAGCUGAAGUGCCAGCAGUUAGGUAGAGGUGACAAGGGCUUGGCUUGGAGUUCUUUAUCACGGAGCGGGGAUCCGGAGGGUCAUGGGCUGACCUGCCGGUCCUGGUCUGCCUUGGGGCGGCUCAUGAGGCUGCAGGCAGAUGGUGGUGAGUCCAGGAUGCCCCGACGGCCGGCCCUCUGCCUUCCACAUGGUCUCGGCACCUCUGCUGGGCGGGGAGCCUGCUGCCCGGGGCCCGGCACUCCCACUCCCGCAGCAGAGCAGAGGGGCCUUGGGGGGGGGGGGCGAGACCCCAGCCGCGCAGCGUCUUCAGCUGCCUCCUGCGUGGUUACCAUGGUUACUAAGGCCUCAGGACCCUCCCAGUGACCCCGUCCGGUAGAGCGUGGUGCCCAGGACAGGGGCCACUCACCACCGGGGGGUGGAUUUGCUGUCACCCAGAGCUCUGGUUUCUACUGCUGCCCCAGCAGAGCACCGCCGCAGACGACCUGACCUCACGUUCCCUGGCUGGGGCUCCGCAGAGAUCCCAAAUGGGCCUCACCAGCCUAGGAUCAGGCUGUGCUCACGGCGGCCAGCCUUUCUGGAGAAACCGUUCCUGGCCUUUUCCAGCUUCUGGAAGCUGCCUGCUAGCCUUGGCAUGUGGCCCCUUCCUCUGCCUUCAAGGGCGGCCGCGUGGCCCCUGUGGGCCCCAUGCCCCAUCUUCUCUGGGGCCUCUGCCUCUUCUGUCGGCCCCCAGCGCUGCGGGCCGCUGCUCCACCCUCAUGGCUAAGCCGUCCCAGGCCCCACGGGCACAUUCACAGCUUUGGGGUGAAGAUGUGGAAUCUUCUUGGGGGUGCUGUACCUUCCCCGGGGCCCAGCACCGACUGGGUAGAACUGGGGGUGCUGCGUCCCAUCCCACAGAACAUGGGACUGCCCCCCCCAGCAACCAAGGACGGUCAGCCCCAACUGGGAAUAGCACCUGCGCGGAGCCCCUGGGACAGAAGAGGGUCCCCCAGCAUCACAGAGGGAGUCAGCAGGACGAGCAGUCAGUCUAAAGCCAGCAGCAGUCAACGGGGACGUCUGCUGGGCCACCCCCACCUAUGUCCCUUCUUUGUUUUUAUUUUUUAAGAUUGCAUUUAUUUUGAGAGUGCA